AUGUUACGUGCUUCCUUGAAGAUCUCAAAGACCUCAAUUCCAAAAAUUUUACAUGAAGAAUUAGGAGUAAGAAAAUUAGUUUCUCGUUGGAUACCCCACCUGCUGACUGAAGAGCAGAAAGCAGCCAGGGUUAAUUGGUGCCAAAAAACGCUUGACCGUUUCAAUUCCGGAAACUCAAAAAAAUGUUCGGCUGUUUGGGUGUUCCAAGGUGAAGAAAUGCCAACAAAAGUCAUCCGUUUUCGAAGAAUCAUCCUCCACCAAGGCAAUGCAAGCUCGCACACAGCCCAAAAAACAAGGCAGUAUUCAACGGAAGAAAACGUGGAAUUAUUGGGCCAUCCUCCAUAUAGUCCCGAUCUAAGUCCUAACGAUUUCUUUACUUUCCCGGAAAUUCAAGACAGAGUGCCUGGUCAAAGGUUCCAGUCACCAGAAGAAGCAGUUGACGCAUUCAAAAAUGCCGCUUUGGAUCUGCCAGCAAACGAGCGGAAUAAGUGCUUCGAAAAUUGGUUCGAGCGCAUGCAGAUAUGUAUUAAUCUUCGUGGAGAAAAACAAUAAAGUCAUUUAAAACUACAUACCAUGUUGUUUUAUUU